AUGCAACAUGAAAAUCAAAGUAGUACAACGAUUGAUAUGCUUAAAGAUUGUUCUCCAUGCAAUAAUAAAUUAAUAAAAAUCUCAGAUAAACAUGCAAAAUUUUUAAUAGAUAAUUUAAAUUUAUUAAGAAAACAAAAAGAAUUAUGUGAUGUUAUUUUAAUUAUUGGACAAAGUCAAAUUCCUGCACAUCGAGCUGUACUUUCUGCAUGUAGCCCAUAUUUCAAAGCAAUGUUUACUGGUGAAUUAGCUGAAAGUCGAAAAACCGAAAUAAUUAUUCAUGAUAUCGAUGAAUUUGCUAUGGAAUUAUUAAUUGAAUUUUGUUAUACUUCAAGAAUUAUUGUCGAUGAAAAAAAUGUUCAGAUGUUAUUACCAGCUGCUUGCAUACUCCAAAUUGAAGAAGUUCAAAUAACAUGUUGUGAAUUUCUUCAAAAACAACUUGAUCCAUCAAAUUGUUUGGGUAUUCGAGCAUUUGCUGACACACAUUCAUGUCGAGAACUUUUACGUAUUGCUGAUCGUUAUGCUCAACAACAUUUUACUGAUGUUAAAGAAAGUGAAGAAUUUUUAUGUUUACCUAUAAAUCAAUUAAUUGAUAUUAUAUCAAGUGAUGAACUAAAUAUGACAAGUGAAGAAGAUGUUUUUAAUGCUGUUAUGCAAUGGAUUUCAUGUGAUCUUCAACAAAGAAAACAACAUUUACCUAAAAUAUUAGAACAUGUACGAUUUCCAUUAAUGAAUGCUAGAUUUCUUGUUAAUACAGUUAGCUCAGAUCCAUUAAUUCGAUCUGAUCAAGCAUGUAGAGACUUAGUUGACGAAGCUAAAGAUUAUUUAUUAUUACCACAAGAACGUUUAAAUAUGCAAGGACCACGAACAAGACCAAGAAAACCUAUUAAAUCAGGCGAAGUUCUUUUUGCUGUUGGUGGAUGGUGUUCAGGUGAUGCCAUAGCGAGUGUUGAAAUGUUUGAUCCAACAACAAAUGAAUGGAGAGCUGUAGCACCUAUGUCAAAACGACGAUGUGGUGUUGGAGUUGGUGUAUUAAAUAAUCUUUUAUAUGCAGUUGGUGGCCAUGAUGGUGUUAGUUAUUUGAACAGUGUUGAACGAUUUGAUCCUCAAACAAAUCAAUGGAGUAAUGAUAUAGCACCAACAAGUUCAUGCCGAACAAGUGUUGGUGUUGCUGUACUUGAUGGUUGUCUAUUUGCUGUUGGUGGACAAGAUGGAAUUUCAUGUUUAAAUCUUGUUGAAAAAUAUGAUCCAUCAAUUCAACGAUGGCUUCGUGUUGCAUCAAUGGGUACAAAACGAUUAGGUGUAGCUGUAGCUGUUCUUGAUGGAUAUCUUUAUGCUAUUGGAGGAUCAGAUGGACAAUCUCCUCUUAGUACAGUUGAAAGAUACGAUCCAAAAGCCAAUAAAUGGUUAUCAGUAGCAUCAAUGAAUACACGGCGAAAACAUCUUGGUUGUGCUGUUUAUAAUGGAUAUAUAUAUGCGGUGGGUGGUCGAGAUGAUGCAACGGAAUUAUCAACAGCUGAAAGAUAUAAUCCAAAAUUGAAUCAAUGGUCACCAGUUGUUGCAAUGAAUUCAAGGCGAAGUGGAGUUGGUUUAGCUGUUGUGAAUAAUCAUUUAAUGGCUAUUGGUGGAUUUGAUGGUGCAGCGUAUUUAAAAAGUGUUGAAUUAUAUGAUAGUGAAUCGAAUUGUUGGAAAUUACAUGGUGGAAUGAAUUAUCGUCGAUUAGGUGGAGGUGUUGGUGUAAUUAAAGUUCAACAAUAUGAUUCAAUUUUAUAUGGAUCAAAUUCUACAUCUAAUAUUUUAUCAACGUCACCAGAUGAUCUUAAAAAUCGUUCACUUUCAACAUUAGUUGAUCUUUGA